CAGCGCCGUCGCACCCCCCCGCGGCCGCGCGAUGGUACAGCCCGGCCGGGUAAAGCGACUGGGCGGCGCUGGCAGCCAAGGAAGCGCUAUGGGGCUGCGCGCGGGUGGAGCGCUCCGGGGAAUGAGCGCCAGGCCCGGGGCGCCGGAGGGACGGGGACCCGGGGGCGCGCAGGGAGGCAGCAUCCACUCUGGCUGCAUCGCUGCGGUACACAACGUGCCAAUCAGCGUGCUCAUCCGGCCGCUGCCUUCCGUGCUGGACCCGGCCAAGGUGCAGAGCCUCGUGGACACGAUCCUGGAGGACCCUGACAGCGUGCCCCCCAUCGACGUCCUCUGGAUCAAAGGGGCCCAGGGUGGCGACUACUACUACUCUUUCGGGGGCUGCCACCGCUAUGCAGCCUACCAGCAGCUGCAGAGAGAGACCAUCCCUGCCAAGCUCGUGCGGUCCACCAUUUCAGACCUGAGGAUGUACCUGGGCGCGUCCACGCCAGACUUGCAGUAGCAACCUCCUCAUCACCCCAGCCCCGCUUCCCCGAGCUCAGAAGACAGGGGCGGCCCCCAGAGGGUGGGAGCUGCAGCAGGGAUGUGUUCCCUUUAUACCUAAGGGGAGCUGUCUGCCUCUCGGUGCCUCUGCACUAGCCCCCAGGACCAGGAGUAAGGGGGCCCCGUUCUCCUGUGCGUGAAAAGAUAUCUUACAUGGCCGUGACGCUGAAAGAGAACCAAGAGGAGGAAGUGGGAAAGGAGAUGGACAUGGAGACAUGGACUCCCUCUGUUGUUACCUUUGAUAACUCAUCACUACAUGAACUAGGUACUAGGAAGUAAAGGAAAACCCAGGUCACUGUGGCUUAAGGGGGAGAGGCUGGUUUUCCCCAUAGCCUGAAUCCUGGCUUGUGUCAAGCUAUCUGUUGACAGGUAUUGUGUCAAGAGCUCAGUGAAGGUAGGGCUUCCUCAGUAAUCCUUUGGCCUUGCCCUCAUUGCUCCUUACUUCCUAGCCACAAGAUGCUUGCUGUAUUUCUAGGAAUCAUGUCUAUGCUCAAGAAAGAAACCCACUGGACCAACUUUUAUCAGAAAGGAAAACCUCGUUUAGAGGUUCAGGGUCCUGGUCUCUGCAUAUUUGUGCAGUGUCCUUGGUCUGAGCUAGCCAUCAUCGCCGCCCACAGUUACAGAUGUUAGGGAGUGCUGUCACGCUGAGCAUGGCUGCCUUGUUGGCCCCCUGGAACUGGCGCUGUGCCUCCUGCAAUAAAACUGGGAUCCCCUUAGCAGGAAAGGAAGAAGUGUGUCUCAGUUAGCCUUUGCUGCGAAACAAGCCAUCCCCAAACUUAACUGCUGAAAAAGUACUCGUUUUCCCGUGAUUCUGUGGGUUAGCAUUUGGGGCUAGGCUCCCCUGGGCAGCUCUGCUGGGAUGGCUGGUCUUAUUCAUGAGCCCACAGUGAAGGGUCACUUCAGCUGGGACUGCUUGGGCUGGGACCACCUCAGUCCAUGUUGUGGCAGUUGGGUUGGCUUGGUUAUUCUUGUUGCCCCUCUAUCAGGUCAGCACGGGCUUAUUCUGAAGAUGCCUCAGGGUUCCGAGAGUGAGAGCAGCGGAGACAAGGCAGGGGCUGGAGAGGUGGCUCAGCUGUUAAGAGCACCCACAUGGUGAUUCACAACUGUAAUGCCAGUCCCAGAUGACCUGGUGGCCUCUUCCAGCCUCUGUGGGCACAGGCAUACACAAGUAUGCCAAGCACUCAAUGACAUUUUUUUUUUUUUUAAGUGACAAGAUUUCUCCAACCGUGGCGCAAGGACAGUGUCACUGAUGCUCAGUUCAUCCCUCAGAUUUAAGGGGUGCGAAUGGACCCAGCUCUUGAUGGGACUGUAAAGAACACAGGGCCAUUGUUUGUCACAGAUGAAUCUUGGUGGGCAAGUGACAAUUUCUCACUCUCACACGUAAGCACUCCUCAUGCAAAGGGCCUUGCCAAGUCUUAGCCUUAAGUGACAGUUCUCAAGACCUACAAGUGGUGGCAUGGUGUCUCCAAAAGCUGGGUACCCCAGCCCCAAGGGUGACUCCCCAGCAGAAUGGGAUGUGCAGUGGGGCGCUCCAGGGGGGCUUCUGGGAACAGAGCCUUGAAAGGCUGAGGAGAGGCACAGAAAGCAGCCGAGUGAGCUGGCACUUGCUACACUGCCCAGAGGCCUUAGUCGCUUGUCAUUUUUGAACCUCGGUUUUCCCAUCUUAACAGUGAGGACAACGGCUUUCCCACCCACUGAGUGUCCCAGAAAGUGAAAUUGAAAGGGAUAAAAUGCAACACGGUGCUUGGACCAAAAAGAGACAGGGAGAGCGAGAGCAUUAGCAACGUGGGCUCAUAUGGUCAGGGAUUUAGUUCCAGUUUGGGCAGCCGUACAGCUGGAUGGGCUGGAUGAAGAAUGGAACUUGUUAGUCUCUGCAACUUUCUGUAAAUCUAAAGUCAUUCCAAAAUAAAAUUUUAUUUAAUUAAAAAAAAAA